AUGUCUUCUGUCAAGAAUGUCACUCUCGUCGGCGCCACGGGCAACGUCGGCGCCAUUGCCCUCGAGAAGCUCUCCGCCUCCAAGCACAACCUCCAAGUCCUGCGCCGCCUGGGCUCCAAGUCGACGUUCCCCUCCUCCAUCAAGGUCAUCGACGUUGACUUUGCCUCUCUCCCGGCCCUCACCAGCGCCCUCCAGGGCCAAGACGUCGUCAUCUCCACGCUGCCCGCCGAGGUGGCCUCGCUGCAGGUGACCAUCAUCGACGCCGCCAUUGCCGCCGGCGUGCCGCGCUUCCUGCCCACCGAGUACGGCAGCAACGUCGAGAACCCGCUGGGCCGCCAGAUCCCCGUCUUUGCCGAAAAGGUCAAGAUUGAGGAGUACCUCAAGACCAAGGCCGCCGCCGGCCAGAUCUCGUACACAUUUGUCUACACCGGCGCGUUCCUCGACUGGGGCAUCCAGCACCACUUUAUCCUCAACGUCGCCGACUACAAGCCGACGCUGCUCGACGACGGCAAGGCCCUCUUCAGCACCACAAACGUCGAGACGCUCGGCCGCGCGUUUGUCGCCAUUGUCGAGCACCUCGACGAGACCAAGAACCGCGCCGUCCUCCUCGAGGACCUCAAAAUCUCGCAGGAGCGUCUGCUCGAGCUGGCCAAGAAGGCAGCGCCGGAGAAGCCAUGGCAGGUGAGCUACGUCAAGACGGACGACCUCGUCAAGAAGGCGGGCGAGGGGCUGGCCAAGGGCAUCUUUACCUUUGACAAUAUUGCUCCAUUCCUGUACCGCUCUCUGGUCACUCCCGGCUACGGUGGCAGCUUUGAGAAGUCUGACAAUGAGCUUUUGGGCCUAGGACGCAGCUCGGAGGAAUUUGUUCUGGAACAGUACAAGAAGCUCCUCCAGUAG